AUGACAUUCGUUUCACUUUACUUCCCGAAAGUUGCUUUCUUGCUUUAUUUCAUUCUGAACCAACGUGCUGUACGAGCACAAUGGCGGCAAUCUCGGCAAAUAGAUAACUUAGCAAGUGCCGCUGACAAACAGGGAUUUCAGUGGUCUAGGAGUUCAUUAGAAAAGUUCUGCCUUAUGAACGAUCGGCAAAAGUUUCGAGAACUUCUUGAACCAAUUCUUGUCCCACGAAUUGUUGGCACACAAUCUCAUAAAGAAGUUGCUGAGCAUUUGUCAAGGACAUUGUCAGCUUUAGGCUUUACGAUUGAAUGGGAUUUAUUCGAUGAAGCCACUCCCCUUGGCAUGAAGUCAUUCAGAACAUUAAUUGCUACGCAUGAUCCCAGCGUCCCUAGACGACUUGUACUUGCAUGCCAUUAUGAUUCAAAAGUGCUGGAAGGAAAAAUUUUUAUUGGUGCAACUGAUUCUGCGGUGCCUUGUGCGAUGCUGCUCGAAAUGGCACGCACACUUGGUCCAUACUUGCAUAAUCGUAGAAGAAGAGAUCUAACUCUUCAAUUGAUCUUUUUCGAUGGUGAGGAAGCAUUUCAUGAGUGGUCAGAAAUGGAUUCAUUGUAUGGUUCUCGUCAUUUAGCUUCAAAAUGGAAUCGAGAAUAUUUCAUGAACACUUCUCAAUCGUCUUUCGAAUUUAAAAAAGAAAUUGAUCGAAUUGAUUUAUUUAUCCUACUCGAUCUACUUGGUGCACCAAAUCCACUUUUGCACUACUUUCAUGGUUUCUCAUCCAAAAAUGCGUUCUUGGAAAUGAUGAAAAUUGAAAUGGAGCUGAAGAAAACUGGUUGUUUGCAUCCAUUACAACCAAUAUUCCAACCUCGAACAAUUUAUAGUACAAUAGAAGACGAUCACGUACCAUUUCUGAAUCUGAAUGUACCUAUUUUACAUCUCAUACCUCUGCCAUUCCCGGAUGUAUGGCACAAAGCAUCCGAUAAUGCUGAUGUUUUACAUUAUGAAACUAUUGAUAAUUUGAAUUCUAUCUUGAGAGUAUUUGUUGCGAGAUACCAUCAGUUGGUCAUAUAG